AUGGCUCAUUACACAAUUUUAGCAGAGGACUCUGAGAGCUCCAGCAAGCAAUAUGACGAUCGUGACAGCAGUGUCUCCGACAAUGAUCGCUUUCUAGAGAAGGACCUACCACUUCGGCCUCAACAGCCUUUCUAUCGCAGACAUUUCAAAUCAACCGUCUUCCACUCUGUACUCUGUACUUUCAACCUCUUGUUCUGCCUUGCGAUCUGGCAAUGGCCCAGAAACCACUGUCCUUUCGGAGUGUAUGGACCAAGCCUUGUCUACACACCAGCACUAGACGCGAUAGCAUACGAGGCACAAACGUGGGAUCCCACGAACAUCUUCUUCAGGAACGGUUCAGCCGACCCGAACCGGCUGCACAAGGAAUUUGGGCCACCUUCGCCCGAGUCAGAUUUUGCAUGGGCAGAGCUCAUCCAAUACCAAAACAUUCGUCUCACAAAAAAGGAGCUUGGAGAGUAUCGCGACAAACCAGGUCUUGUUGAACUUGCCGAUGGGUCGGGGUACUAUGCUACUUUAUCAGUCUAUCACUCCCUACACUGUGUCAAACGCCUGCAUCACCUCAUGUACUUCGACCACUACUAUCCCAACAAAACCGAUCAAGAGUCGAUGUUGAUCAAGCAUCACGGCCAGCAUUGCCUCAACAUUUUACUCCAGACUGUCCAGUGCAACGCGGACCUAAGCAUUCUCCCAAUGCAGUGGGGCGCAACGACACGAGUCCCAAUAGGCUUAGACGAAGGCCACCACCAAUGCGUCCAAUGGGACAAGAUAGACAACUGGAUGAAGGAGCGUAGUCUGGAUGUUUUUGCCCCUGGCGUAAUCGUGCAUCCAAUACUCGGCGAAGCAUAUCCCGAUGGCAAAGGAAACGAUAUCGGAGUCGCGCUCGAUAGGCUGCUGAGCGAGCAGGAGGAUUAA